AUGCCUUCAAUGUCUACCAUCAACAUGUUCGAGGACAACAUACUCAUUGAGAUUGAUGGUGUUGCCUCUACGUGGGAUACCUAUUGUCUUGGCCUAAAUAUAGUCACUCCUGGCUCCAAACGAGUGAUUUUCCGGUUCAAAGAUAUCGGAAAGGCCAUUCGAGAGGGUUCAUCUGACUCCGGCCAUAUCACUAAUACGAGCACACUCGAGGCUGACAACAUCAAGACAGAACCUGACUUAGUUGAGACUUGUGUAAAGUUCGAGGAGGACGACAAGGAUUCCAUAAAUUCUGUAAAUGUGUCUCCAUGCAACCUACUCGCUCGACACUGUGGUAAUCCAAACGCAAGACCAACUGACCCAUUUGCACUGUGGCGCUACUCAGUACGGCCAUUUGAUCGGUCAAACAUUCCGUCGGAGGCUGCUAAAAGGAAGGCACUGCAUCAAGACAUCAAGGACUAUGCAUGCAAGCGUCGUAAAUUAUGA